CGUUGUGGUGCAUCAAGUUACCCGUAGGGGACAACUGGGGACACCCCAUUACGACAUUAACGACAACAAUCGCCGUCACUACGAGUCAUUACUCCACUUCUUCUCAUUAGACCUUGCUCAAUAAAUGGACUCGAUUUGCCGAGUGUUAAGUGAUUAGAUUAACAUCACCUAAAUUGUGGGAUUUCAAAAUUAACACCAGUGAAAGUGUGGUUGUUUUUAUUAUUAACGAGUGUUAAAUCUUCGUUUAUUAAACUAGAUCACUCAGAAGCUCAAGACAUGUGCAAAGUGAUGUCGGCGAGAUAGUGUCGCGUGUGUCAUAGUACCUUGCAAGGACUUUAAGACAAUUAUUCACUUUUCAAGCUAAGAUGAACCAAACGUGCAAAGUAUGUGGCGAACCAGCAGCGGGAUUUCAUUUUGGAGCUUUCACGUGUGAAGGAUGUAAGUCGUUCUUCGGGAGAUCGUACAACAACCUCAGCUCCAUCUCGGAAUGCAAAAACAAUGGCGAGUGUGUCAUCAAUAAGAAGAAUCGGACGGCUUGCAAAGCUUGCCGACUGCGGAAAUGUCUGAUGGUUGGGAUGUCAAAAAGCGGCUCGAGGUACGGACGAAGAUCAAACUGGUUCAAAAUCCACUGCUUGUUGCAAGAACAGCAGCAACAGCAACAGGCAGGAAGUACGAUACAACCCGGACUAAAACCGCCCCAAAAGACCCCAUCGCCGCACCAACACUUAGGUUUAGGCCUUUUGAACCAGCCAUUCGGUCACCCUCUCAUGCAUCAUAUCAACAAAACCAAAGAAGAACUAAUGCUUCUUGGACUAGAUGAAUACAAAAACUCUGCUUCUCCUUCUGUCAGUUCUCCUGAAUCGCACAAUUCAGACUCUUCAGUGGAGAUUAGUGAUGCUAGGAGAAUACCCCUUUUCCCUGGAUUAAUCCCUCCAACAUUUCUACCUCCUCAUAGUCUACUCUUCCCUCCCGGAUAUCCGCCUUUAUACCCCGGUCUCCUCCAACCGACAAACAACAACAACCGAUUAAUGCGAAAUCACAACCCCGGAGUCGAAGCGUUCAAUAAGCGAGUCUUCCUCGAUGCUGUUUUACAGUCGCAGAGAUCUCCAACCCCGGAAGUGGAAGCACCACCUCCCGCCGAAUCACCCCUUCAGGAAGAUCCCAUAGACUUAAGUAUGAAAACACUGAGUGAACGAGGGUCGUCGCCAGCUCGCAGCGAUCGUUCAGAUUCAGUAGUAACGGAACAAGGUGCUGGCAGCGAAGCUGACGAAGAAAGUGACUGUGAGUCCGAGAAAGAAUUGAAAAGGAUAAAAUUAGUCAGACCCGCUCCACUGGACUUAACCACAAAAGUGUGAUAACUAGUGUAUUACAAAUUACCACUGUGUUCCAUUCAAGUAUUGAUUUAUUUAAGUAAGUCGAUGGUGUUAGACCAUCCUGAAAGUGGUCUAAUCACAAGCGUGGGAAAUUUUGAAGAUGCGCUAUUGAAAGGAUAUGACGUUGACGGAUGCCUGAACUCAACCAGGAACAAUACGGCAUUAAUGUGCAAGACUUAAUCAACGUGUUGACCUGCCUCACAAUUGGGUUGACCUCUUCAAUUGAUUGAUGGGCUAUCCUCGUAUCUGUAUAUCGCACAAAACAUCUUAUAUUCGCUCCUAUUUGCAGCUCGCUAAUCGUCUAUCAACUUCCAAUCUAAACGUAUCGUUAACGUAAUUAUUAAGCCGACUGUAGACCAUUAAUCUUGCCCCGAUGAUGGCAGCUAUUAGCGUCGAUCGUGUGCGCCUAACUGCAUCAUAAUGUAUUUUGCAUUAACAGAGAAGAAAAUCUUUGGGUGGCCCCAAUAAAAGGUUCAGAUCGGAUCACAUUCGAAUUCGAAAUUCUAGCGCAGCUAAAGCCACCUGAAUAUCCCUUGUCGUCAAAAUCCCGUGUUCAUUCGCAAACGAAAAUCUUAUGUUACCAUAAAGUAUAUUAUCUUAGUAUUUAAGGCACACCACUGCAGUUUUUCGUUCGUAAAGAUAAGUAUUUUCUCGACACAAUCUAUUUUUAUACCUUGAUGCUUGUAGAAAAUUUUGUAAAUACUAGCUUACUUUCAAUUAUUUAGAUUUAUUCAAUUUUCUAGUGAUAUUUUAGUUUAUUACUCAUUUAACAAAAUGUGAAUAUAGUUGGCCAGUAUGUAGUUGUAUCCUAUAAGCUUUUGUGAAAUUUUGUUUCCUUUUUUGUAAUUAUUGUGUAUAUAGUCUAAAUGAACAGUGCAAUGUUAGGGUUUAUUUUUGAUCUGUUUUUAAUUUAUUUAUAUCGAUGGCCGGCUUUUCCUGGCACAUCUUAUUUUAGUUAAUACGACUUUGUUAUGUUUCUAGUUCCACUGAAACACACUCACUUGGAGAGGCCACAAUUAGAUGGGCAUUUAAAAAAAUAUAACGUAAUUGUAUUUUAUAUAUUUAUCUGUUGUUGAUCAUUAUUGUGUUCUUUUGAUGAUUGCAAUUCCUGUUUGAUGAUCAGGGACUUGGGCCAGUUGAAUGUGCGAGAAUGAAUGUCAUGCAUGCAUGUGUACAAAACCGUUGUAUAAAAUUUUAAAUAAAUCAUAAAACAUU